AAGGAAGCACUUGGUGAAGCAGGUUUACUUUUCUUUGCUUGUAAUCUCGAUUAUACAAAUAUGGGAAACGAAGCAGAAUUAUGCGGUUGUUUGGAAAAAGGAGACAAUCUAUCUGCCAACAGUUUUACUAUCAUUUGGAAAAUUAAGAAUCCUCGACAUUAUGAUUUCUCGAAGGACUUGUAUAGUCCUGUGAUAUCUGUGGAUAUGAUGGAACAGACAAGGUGGAGACUGGUGAUGUAUCGAUUGCUUCCUAAAGCUUGGAUUUAUGUGACUCUUAAAAGAGAACCAGAAGACAGCGGUCCUCAACAACUUCAUCUUCAUUAUGAUUUUGAUACCACAAAUAAUAUAUUUCAGAAAAUAUCUUGUUCCCAUACAUUCCAAAAAAAGGAAUUAGGACCUCCUGGUUUAAUAGCUAAAUUAGGGCCAAGAAAAUAUUUAGGGAAGGUUUAUGAGCCGCAUAAUAUUAUAAUUACAUGCAUUAUGAAAAAAGAUGCAGCCAUUCCAAUGUCCGGUCAAUGCAUUGCUCGAACGCUAAUAGGAGUAGAAUAUUUCGAUUUUGUAGGAAAGGUGAAAAAUUUUAGUGCUUUCCGUUCGGAUACAAAAAAGACUUUGAAAACUAUAUUAUCAUCCACAGGUGAAACAUUAAUGAUUGUGAAUCUAAGAUUAGAAGGCGAAGAAAUUCCUAUACUUUUAAUUGAUUUCAUUCCUAUGACAGUAAAAAGUGAGUAUAAGUAUUUCUGCUCAUGUGUUUUUCUGGACAGUUCAGGUCAAGAAACUUCUGAUACAAUGUAUAACUUUUAUACAUUUGAAGCAACACGAAAAAUUAAUUUGAUUUCUAAGAAAAGUUUAAUAGAAUAUAAGGAUUUCUAUUUGCCUAAUGAUGUUCUAAGCUUACGCUGUAAAAUCGCCAUUCUGACUGGAAUGAAAUUCGGGAAAAUUGUGAAAACUGAAUAUGAAACUACUUCUGUUGGAAAUGUAAAUCCAAAGUUAUGUUUGUCCCAGAAUCACCUUGGAAAUUUAGAGUCAUCAGUAUCAAUUCAAGGGUCAUUAUCUUCAUUUCACUGCGAUUCUAAAUCACCCAUCCCAUUCCUAAAUAGAUCUAGCUUAGACUCAAAACGGAAUGAUAAUCUAAGUUAUCCAUUUCCAAACGCACUAGAAGACUUCGCAGCCUUUUACAAGAAGGGCAUUCUUUGUGAUAUAAAGCUACAAACGGCUACAGAAACAAUUCCAGCACAUUCAGUCAUUUUGAGUGCUCGGUCUCCUGUAUUUGAAGCUAUGUUUACAACCAACAUGAAAGAAAAUAUCCAGAAAUGUGUCCGAAUCGAUGACGUAGACGCGGAAACUGUUGAACGCAUGCUGCUAUUUCUGUAUUCCGAUACAUUAGAAGAAUUGGUAUGGGCGAACGCAAAGAAGCUGUACUUCGCUGCGGACAAGUAUCAGGUCCUUUCCCUGAAGCACAGGUGCGCAGUGAUUCUGAAAAGAAGCAUCGAGUUAAAUAACUGUUGUGAGUUGCUGAUUCUGGCAGAUUUGCACAAAGACGAAGACUUGAAGGCAGCCGCGCAAGAUUACAUUGCAAAAGAGGAUAAAAAAGUUUUCCUUUCAGAUCAGUGGAGGGAUUUGGAAAAAAGUCAUCCCUACUUGGCCAUCGACAUCUUUCGAGCCAUACAGUUGAAAAACAAUUAAUUCUAAUAACUUUUUUUUAAUAAUUUUUCGUAAGUAAUGUUUUAUGUCCAUAAUUUGUUUCUCUAUCAUCGAUCACUUACAACAUAAAUUGAACAGUUUAAGAUGCUUCCUGAUUAUGUUAUAUUCCCAUCCAGAAAUAUACAGAGUAUUUUUAAAGUUACAGAUUUCUUAGAAAGAAUGAAAACAAAAAUCAAACUAUAAAGCAAAACCAGACUUCAGUGGUUACAUGGUUUACAAAUUAUGCUAUUAAGUUGUUCUGAUGCAAUUGAACUGAUGUAUUAUAUACAAUAAGACAAACCGUGGAAAGACAGAUCUGAAUGCUCAGUGGACCUCCCACCAUUAAAAAACACAGUCAUCAGAGUGAGAAUUAAUCUCUUUUAUAAUAGUUAGCAGCAUUAUAGAGGUCUGAUAUAUGUAGACCUGAUUGGAAGAAGACAUAUUGAACAUUUUUAAACCGUUAAUCUAUCAAUUGUCUGCGUUUUGUCUUCUAAUAUCCUGUGCAUCACUGUACACUAGGAAUUCUGAUUCGUAGUAAAAAACUUAUUUUCCCACAGACUCUGCUUAUUUCAAUAAAAUCAAAUUUUUAAAAAAAAUAAAGCAGGCAAAAAUCUGCAAUUUUUAUCGAUUUUCUAGAGGAAAGGUUCGUGAUUAUCCUAAAGGCUCGGUCUUAAUUUCCACUUCCUUGCAAUCUCGACGAAGGUCAUUUAGCUUGCUCAGCACAUUUUUGUAGGACGGUGAGUAAUUCCUUUGUGGUUAUAAUUGUGAAUAUUCCAUUACGUAAUUGACAAAUGGUAUAUCAACUUUUAAAUAUUCUGUUGCUGCGUAUUUUGAUAUUCAUCAAACAUAUUUCUUAGCAAAGAAUUUUUUUAAAAAAUGGAUGUCAAAAAAUGAACUUCCAAUUCGAUGUUUGUCGAAUAACAGUUGGAACUAAUAUUGAAUGCAUAAAAUAAAAGUUUGAAGUUUCUUCUAUCCAAUGAUGUAUCAUAUGCAUCACUGUUUAUUGCCAUUCGUUGAAAGUAUUUUAAUUCUGCUCCUUCUUUGAGAAUAACCCGUCACUUAAUCUUCUAAGCCUUUCAUCGAAUGAUUCUCACCGAAAAAUUAUCU